UCCGAUCGCGGCUCUCCCGGGGUUACGUUACGUAUAAGGAGGGAACAUCGGGGCUUGCCGGAGAUCUCCAAGGAAAAUGUUGGAAGCCAGCACCUCAAACUCCACUGAGGACACAUUUCACAGUACAUCACAACAGAGUGACUCUACCUAUAAAGAACAUGAUAUGGGCGACCAUGGAGAGCAACUGAGAACUCUGCAGGACGCAUUAGCCAAUCACAAGCAGGACAUCAUGAAUCUGAAGCUUCAACUCGAGGCAAAGGAUGGCCAACGCCAUCAUCUUCAAAAGGAACUUCAGUAUGCACACACCUCAGAUGCUUUAAACCCUGAGGUUUUAAACCAAAGCCAUGUGUCUGAUUAUUUCCACUACUGCACAGGGUUUUCUUAUGAGCAAUUUAACAGCCUGUGUCAAUUUUUUAACAUUCCAACUGAUCCAAGUGCAACACAAACACACAUUCUUCUCUCAUACAAACGUGUCCAUAAUGAGAUCAAACAACUUUCACUGCGUACUCAAUUGUUACUGACCUUAAUGAAAUUAAGACAAAAUUUGGACCACAAAGACCUAGCCUUCAGAUUUAACAUCCGUUUACAGAGUGUCAGCACACUGAUCAACUCCUGGGUGGACUAUAUGUAUGAUAGUCUUGGCAAAUUGUCUAUUUGGCCACACGGGGAUGUUAUUUCUGAGAACAUGCCAGCUAAAUUUAAGGAAGAAUUUCCGAAUACUUUUGCCAUCUUAGACUGCACUGAACUUAAGAUUCAGAGACCAAGCUCACUAGUGUUAUCUCAAUGUAGGAGAUGGCUUGAUGGUUGAUAAAGGCUUUCUAAUAGAGAAGGAAGU